CAGAAUUUCAAAAACAAAAUCAUUUCCUUAAUCAAAACUCAUUUGAAUAAACAUGGAAUCCUUAAAUUUCCACAACAUCAAAUCAGAGAAAGCAAAUGCCAUGAUAAGGUACAAAAAACGUCAAAGAGUAACAAUGUUGUUUCGAUUCAUCGAAUUCUGUAUAUUUUUCGUCGUAAUCUCAAGAUUUUCCACUCAAAAAUUACCAGAUUAUUUCAAGGGAUUUGAUGUCACCCUCAUUAGUCCGCGAUUCGUCUUUGUCCUUAUAAACGCCAUUGUUAUCACCCUCUUCUUCAAAUCAGGACAUUCAUCCGCUAAAGAUGGUUCCAUGGAAAACGUUAAAUUGGAUUUGUAUGAUGAGUACAUGCAAAAAUAUUCGAUGAACAAAGAGGCUUAUUAUGAACAGAGCAAAAAACAGAGGAAACAGAGCAUUGUAGCAGAAAGACGAUUAGAAAAGAGAAUUCAUCGAAGUCACUCGGAAAACACUUUAUGUUUGGCUCAUGAUGAGAAAAAAACUAGAAAAAGAAUGAUGAGGUCCGCUACAGUUGGAUGCUUGAAAAAUAUAGACACUGACACUGUAAAACCAACAACUUCAUAUCCAGAGGAUGGGAUGAGCAAUGUCGAAUUCAGGAAAACUAUUGAGGCCUUUAUUGCAAGACAACAAAGAUUAUUGAAGGAAGAAGAGUUUUCAAGUUUAAAAUAAAGAGAUAUCUUGAAAAAAUAUCACUAGCACAUUAGGUGAUCGGGAAAAAAAUAGUUAAGAAAACAAAUGUAAGUUUAUAGCUAUUUCCAUUAACUAUUUUUAAAAAAUAAAAUUGUAGUAUAUUUAAA